UACGCGUACGAUUAUUCAUCGUAUACCUAUACGAAUACACGUUAGCCCCACACGAGUUCGGAGCUUAAGUUUUAAGCGUGCAAGAGUAUGGGAGAUCGCGCGCGUGCGGUUCGUAGUAUUCGUGCGUCUAUGUUACGUUCGUACGUGGAAGUGUGUAAUGUUUUUGCUCGAGGGGAAAUGGUACCGCGUGUGUGGUCCAGCCUCCGUUCCCUCUUCCCCUGAACCCCUCGCGUCCCCGACCCUCCGGAAACGUCCCCCUCCCCGUGGACGAGACGUAGCCGCUCUUCGAGCCUGCAUAAUAUACUCGUGGAGAAUUUCCCGUCGCCUAGCAACCCGGGACGCUCGCUCCAGAAGAACCAAUAGAACUUCAGAUCCACCGAUCUCGACUCUACGCUCUGUUAACUUCGACUGUGACGUCACUGGGGAACCACGCGCGUAGAUCUCUCGCUGAUCUUCGGGUUCCAAAGGGUACCGGUCGCCGAGUGUUGCGAACCGGCGAUCGGGGGAUCGGCGAAUGGCUGCGGAUAACGCGGACCGAUCGACGAAUCGAUUGUCCGCCGUUUCGUACCGGUGACUCAAUUUUUCGCGAUAUUUCUGCAUUCGCGCCGGAAUUUUCAGGCGCGGUAAUCGGUUCGCGCGUUCCACCGAUCUUCGAUUCUUCGAACCGAUUUCACCCUCGGGUGAAACGCGACGAUUUUUCCGACGUUCCGGGCGAUUCGCGGCCGUCGAGGGGACCCUCGUCGGGAUUACGUUCCUCCGUUCUCGACGGCCCUGGGCCGGCUUCGAGUUCGUCGGGUCCUCGUGGAGGGGAGGGAUGAUCCGGCAUGGCUGCCGUAGGGUCCGAAGAGGGCGAAGGAGUGGAAGAGAGAGGAACGGAUGAUGUUAGCGUCUGCCGAUGAGAGAGAAACGAGAAAAAGGGGUGGGAGAGCCGUAAGCCAGGAGAGAAAUGUGGGACUGCGUGUCGCUUAGUACGGACUUAGACCGUUCGAAGUGCCGGUCGCGAACUGGCGAAGCGUGCCUUACCGAUCGUCCGAUCAGCGUGACAGAAGAAACGCAUUCUAUAUCUACUGUACGAUAGUUGAACGAUAAUAGAAUACCGCGAUUUAUAAAUCCAAGGUACGAAAUAGCGCGUUAUCGAAAACUUGAAGUAAAUUUCAAAUGACGGAUUCCGUGACCGUGUAAAAACAGAGGUCGUGAGCCAUCCGGAGAUCCGAAGAUCUCCAAACGCGUAGCUCCUAAUAUUCUUCAAACAAAGUUUCUUCUCUCCCAUUCGUGUGUUGUGCCGAUCUAUAAUUCGGAGUAUAAAUAUCAAUGACAAACGAGAGAAAGACGUUUUAAAAGUUUUUAAGUGAAAAAAAGUUAUUCGUAGAUCGCCCUCACUCACCGACAGUGGCACGGUAAUUCGUAUCUCUCCUAAAAUAGUGACAGUUUCAGGAUAAUAAUACUCCACGUACUGGUCCGUAUCCAUUCGCAAGAGUUUGGCGCAACCAAUCGCUAAAAUUGUCUUCGAUUUUUUGAAUUUUUUUCCGUACAAAGAGCGACCGAUAUCGCCGAAUCGUUUCGCAUUUGUUCCGCGAUUCGAAUAGCGGAAGUUCUACAGUAAUAACAAACGAACGUUGCAACCGACGCGUCUCCGUACACCCUGUGGAGGAUCAAUUAUUACACAGGAUAAAGGCGUACGUCGAGGAUUAUCCCGGCAAAAGAAUUUGUGAGAAUUGAGAUCCGUGCGGGCCGCACGGGCAGAGCUUUACGAACGCCAUCGGCAUUGGUCGCUCCUCCGUCGUCGCUUCGAGAGCGUCGUGAAAAGAGAGAGAGAAAAAGAGGUCUUCGUUCGAACGUAGAGAGGGAGGGUCUCGCUCGUGUGUUUACCGACCAAGAAGGUAUAUAACGUACGCUACGGAAUACACGGACCUGCUGCAGGCUGCUGUUGCCGCUGUGCCCCGCGAAUGAGUCCGAGAAUGGAUCUUGAGGAUAUCAGCCUCCCUGCUGGUCCUCUUGCUGCCUCUGCUACUCGUCGAGGAAUCCCGGAGCCAACGGAAACGUAAAAGUAAACUAAGUGGGUGCAGUGAAUUUGAAGUAGGGAAAAAAAAAGAGAAAAAAAAGGAGUAAAGUGAUAUUUAUUUAUAUUAUUAUCCCGUAUCCAGUGUGCGUGAGUGUCCCGGAAGUAAUAAUCGAUUGUACAAUAAUAGGAUAUAAUUUAUCGGUAAUAUCAUUGAUAAUUGUAGAAGGAUAGUAGUGCGCAGGGAAUUCCUCGAGUUCUUUUGUUUGCAAACACAGCAAUGGCCCGGAUCUUAUCGCUGGGCGCUCGGCGAGAGUUGGAAAAGAGGAAGUAGAUAGAGUGGGUAUCGGUUAAAAGAGGAGUAAAAAAUAGUAUAGAGAAAAAGAAAAAAAAAAAAAAAAAACACAAAACAAAACAAAACAGGGAGAAACACAGGGAGUCUCUGUGGUGUGGAGGGUUCGUGCCGCGUGGGGGCAAAUGCAUCGCGGAUCAUGGUCGCUGCGUCCGGUCCAACAGGGAUCCUAGCGGAGCGCCCUUCCGGUUCUGAACGACUCCAUGGGGCGGGUCCCCGUAACGUUGACGUCGACCUCGACGACGAGGAAGGCAGUUGCAACAGCUGGCAAAAGGGAACAACCGCCAGCGGAGAGAACGAAAAAACUAGACGAAGACACGAGUCCGAUCUCUACGUCAGACCGAGCUGGACGGAUGCUGCGAUCGCCCUGGACCAGCUCGAGAAGGGGAAGGCGGAGGGUCAGAGAUCGGCUGUAUGGAUUCGAGCUCGCCUUCAGGAUCAGCUGAGCCAAUUGGGAUAUUUCCUUCAGAGGCACGCGGGGAAGGUGUUGUUCGUGGCUAUACUAGCCCUCGCCACAUUCUGCGUCGCUCUGAAAUCCGUCCAAGUCCAUAGCCGCGUCGACCAGCUAUGGGUCCAGGAGGGUGGAAGGCUGGAGCAGGAGGUGCGAUACGCUAGUGAAGCUCUCGGCGAGGCCGCGGCAUCGACUCACCAACUCGUGAUACAGACCCCGAGGCACGCCGGGGCGAACAUACUUCAUUCCGCUGCCCUCAAGGAACACCUCAUAGCCCUGAGAGCCGCUACGCAAGUCACCGUACAGUUGUUCGAAACGUCCUGGGGCCUCAAAGACAUGUGCUACGCACCGACGGUCCCAAAUUUUGACAUGCACUACAUAGACCAGAUAUUCGAUAACAUCAUACCCUGCGCGAUUAUUACACCGCUCGACUGUUUUUGGGAAGGUAGCAAACUCCUGGGACCUGAGUAUCCGGUUCACAUCCCCGGCGCUCGACCGAACAAACCGGUACAAUGGACUAAUUUGAACCCCACCGGUAUGCUGGAGGAAAUGAAAAAACUCCCCUUUUCAUUUCCCUUUAAAACGCUCGAAGACUAUAUGAAGAGGGCCGGCAUAACGAACGGCUACCAGGGUAAGCCGUGUCUUGACCCCACGGACAAAGAUUGCCCGGAAACAGCGCCGAACAAACAGUCGCAGCAGAUACCGGACGUUGGUGCAGAGCUGACCGGGGGUUGCUACGGUUUUGCAGCAAAAUAUAUGCACUGGCCCGAAGAGUUGGUGGUCGGUGGAGCGAAGCACAACAAAACGGGUCAUCUAACGCGGGCAGCUGCUUUGCAGACGGUAGUUCAGCUUAUGGGGGAACGAGAGCUCUAUGAUUUCUGGGCAAACACCUACAGGGUUCAUCACAUUGACUGGUCACAGGAGAAGGCGUCCGUUGUUCUGGAAACUUGGCAGCGCGCUUUCAGUAACGAAAUACGCAAACAACUAAAAGGGAAUGGAAGUGCGCCGUACAAUCUCUACGCUUUUAGUACGACCACCAUGAACGACAUACUUGGAAAGUAUAGCGAAAUAUCGGUGAUCAAAGUCGCAAUUGGUUGCGCGCUUAUGGUGCUCUAUGCUGGCCUAGCGCUAUUCCGUUGGCACGAUCCAGUCCGUUCUCAGUCCGGUGUCGGUAUAGCGGGUGUGAUGCUGGUUUGUGCAACGGUUGCAGCAGGUCUAGGAUUCUGUGCUCUUUUGGGAAUUCCCUUCAACGCGGCUACUACUCAGAUUGUUCCGUUCCUCGCUCUGGGCCUGGGAGUUCACGAUAUGUUCCUAUUGACGCACACGUACGCUGAACUCGCCGUUAACGAAGUUCGCAGCGGUGAACAGACUGGUGUUGUCCUGAAACGGACUGGUCUCUCCGUACUCCUCACCGGGCUCAGUAAUGUGUCCGCAUUUUUCGCAGCUGCUAUGAUACCUGUUCCGGCUCUGCGCGUAUUCUCCCUCCAAGCAGCGGUUUUGAUUCUGUUCAAUCUCGCCGCUAUGCUUCUCGUGUUUCCUGCUAUGGUCAGCUUAGAUCUACGCAGAAGAAGAUCUGGAAGAUCGGAUAUCCUUUGCUGCUGUCUCCCGGCGCUCAAUAGUCCUAAUGCCUACAAAAACGGCGGAUGCGGAGGCGCCAGAUGUGGAACAGCUAAGCAGACUGUAACACGAGCUAUUCCUCCGGAGAGGCGAGAGACGUGUACGCAAAUUCUAAGUCCACGAAAUCACAGAAACGAAGCAUGGAUAGGCGGCGAUGUCGCUAAUCGGGACGCGGAAAAACAACCCACAGAGGAUGACGCGCUUACGGGAUGCUCUAAGGACGAUUGCCUGGGAUUCGGACUAUCGCAACUCGCGGCGAGGCAUUACGCUCCUUUUGUUACACGGCCGACUACCAAAGUCUUCGGGAUGAUGUUAUUUGCGGGAAUUUUAGCUGGCAGCGCAUGGCAGGCAACCAGGGUGAGCGAUGGACUUGAGCUCACCGAUCUGGUACCGCAGAAUUCAGACGAGCACGCUUUUCUCGCUGCUCAAGCCAAGCAUUUCGGAUUUUACAAUAUGUAUGCGGUAACCGGGCGUGACUUCGAGUACCCGAAUAAUCAACGGCUGCUCUAUGACUAUCACGAUGCUUUUAUGCGAGUGAAGAACGUCAUCAAGAACGACGACGGUGGACUGCCGGAGUUCUGGUUGAGCCUCUUCAGGGAUUGGCUGAGGGGGCUGCAGACUGCCUUUGACAGAGAUUAUCGUGCAGGAUGCAUCGAUCAGGAACGAUGGUACAAAAAUGCGAGUGACGACGCGAUACUUGCGUAUAAACUGAUGGUACAAACGGGACACGUUGACAACCCUAUCGACAAGACGCUCAUCAAUCAAACGAGGCUUGUCGACUCGGAAGGGAUAAUUAACCCGAGAGCUUUCUACAACUACCUCAGCGCAUGGGUGUCGAAUGACGCCCUAGCUUACGGUGCUUCUCAAGCAAAUUUGAGACCCGAGCCAAGACAGUGGUUUUACACGAACGAUCAUGAACUCAAGAUUCCCAAGAGCAUGCCGCUAACUUACGCCCAAAUGCCAUUCUAUCUUCACAAACUAACGGACACGGAUCAGAUCACGGAACUGAUUGGAAAUGUCAGGGAUCUGUGCAGCAGAUUCGAAGAACGCGGUUUGCCCAAUUUUCCUUCUGGGAUCCCUUUCCUGUUCUGGGAACAGUACAUGGGACUGCGUAGCUGCUUGGGGGUGGCAUUGCUGGCGGCACUCGGUGCUUCGGUUGCCGUUGUUGGAAUUCUUCUGCUGAACCUCUGGGCGGCACUCCUGGUUGGCACUUCAUUGGCUGGGGUUGUUCUUCAAUUACUCGGUAUUAUGGGCCUCUGUGGUAUCAAACUCAGCGCGGUUCCGGCCGUCCUACUCGUGGUCAGUGUAGGAAUCGCCGUACACUUCACGGUCCACAUUUGUUUGAGCUUUGUGACGAGCAUCGGUAGCAGAGACCGCCGUAUAAGAUUAGCUCUGGAACAUAUGUAUGCGCCAGUGGUGCACGGAGCUCUCACAACUUUACUAGCUGUGGUAAUGUUGGGAUUUUCGGAGUUCGACUUCAUAGUACGGUACUUCUUCCUGGUACUGCUGAGUCUGAUCGGUAUCGGUCUGGUGAACGGCCUCUUCUUCUUUCCCAUCCUUCUGUCUCUGGUGGGACCCUCGCCAGAAGUCAUACCCAACGAUCAUCCCGAUCGGAUAUCAACGCCCACGCCUCCCGCAUCACCAAUUGUAAGAAGAACCAAACCACCUGCGCCACCGAAACGCUCUCACAAAAUUGAGAGCAGCAGAUUACAUGCCGAACCCUCACUGACUACCAUUACUGAGGAGCCGAACUCAUGGCAUAGUACUCAAGAGUCGUGUAUCAUAGUUCAGCCUGAGCUAAAAGUGGAGACAACUUCUACAUGUGGCAAUCAGAACUGUAGCGGAUCGGAUACGAGUGGCUCUAGUCGAACAUCCCCAGUGCCUUCAGCCUCGCAUAUCACAACAAAGGUGACCGCUACAGCUAAUAUAAAGGUCGAAGUCCACACGCCAUUAUCCAGUGGAGUGGAUCGUAGUGAGAAAUGCCGACACGGAGGCAUCGGAAGCAGGCGAAGCUCGCGUUGCAGCACAAACGUUAACGGGGGUGAGUCUUCCGGCUCGGGUUCCGGUUCUGAACCGGAUUCUGACUCUAAUGCGAACGCGAAUGCGAAUUCGUACAAACACUGACGAGUACCGUGACGAUCAACGGCUGCUGCUCAAGUACCAUGCGGAACGAAAACCUACACAAGGCUGACUAGGCUAGUUUCAAGUUUCAUAUUUUCACCUCCUCCGGUUCCUUUUUCCUCCUCUUUCCUAUAUGCAUUAAGUAUUUUCAUCCCAAGAGUACGUGAGAGUUUGAACUGUUUUCCAAUCCUAGAUUUCGCGGAUAACAAACGUUACAAGAACUGAAUCUUAUUCCAUGGUUUUUUUUGAUACUAAUCAUUGUUGGUCGUAUCUCAAUUUGAAUUUAGAAUCUUCGGGUUUAUCGUACUUUUGAGUUACAAGAGGUUUAUUUCAAAGUAAUUUGAUUCGUGAGUGAAGGAAUGGAGAAAUAUCGGGCUGUCGCAUGCUAUAUAUUUAUUUAACACGAGACGUUCGUUUGUAUGACAAACACUCGUAUCAGAACAAAAAAAAAUGUGUGACUGGUGUGCAUGUGCAUAAAUUGUAUGAAAGAGUGACAGAGAAACUGAAAAGAAUGGAUAGAGGGAGAGCAAGAGUGCAGCGAAGCAACAAAAUUGAUCUACAGAGACUCUAUGAUUGUAGUAGGUAUUAAUCUAUUUGAAACAAAGUUCAACAAAAACUUCGACAAAGACGUGAAGUAAUGAGCUUCUAUCUUAUUUAUUAAAACGCUUCAUAUUACAUUGUUAAAGGAUAGUGCGAAUGUAGUUAAGUAACGGGGUGAAUCUGAAACUAUUUAUUAUUUAUUUUAUUUUUUUUCCAUUUCGUUAACUACCGAAAUGUUUGUACAAUAUACGUUAUGCAUAGGUAUACUUUACGAUGAUAUACAUAUGUAUUAUUUAUAUAUCGAGGGCUAGUUUUGAUAAAUAGAUGAUCUACAUACGAUGAAACAAUAAGAAAAAUGAUGGCAGUGCGAGUCAAAUGAGUGAUUUGAAUAUUGAAUUUUUUAGACUAUUUUGAUCUGGAUUGAAAUUUUUUCUUCUUUAUCCGCGCUACAAUUGUGUGGUACGAGGUGCCACUGCAUGUAGAAACUGAAAAUAUUAUGGAUAUUAAAAUAAUAUAGGAAACUGUUGAUUACGGAAAAUUUCAUGUCUUCUACAUAAUUAAAUGAGAUUUACUGAAAGUCGCAAAAGUAUGGAUUACGCUCUUCUGGAUGUUAGCCCUCGUUGAAUAUAUAUUAGAAUAUUCUGUAAUACAUAAAGAAUGAAUAAUGCAUGAGACGGCAAGCGUACAAGUUAAAUCUGAUGAUAUUUUCUGUUAUAGUGAUUUGUAGAAAUACUCAAAACUAUUUAUGUUACGCAAUGUGUAUCAUUUUUUUUUAUAUAGAGUCAAAAGUCUACGGCCUAAUUUAAUAACACUUAUUAAUUAUUAUUAGAUCGAUAUCAUAUUUCUUUUAUGAUUUUGUAAAAAGUUGUAAUAUAUUUAUAUUGGUGCGGUGUAGGCUGCAGAACAUGAGCCGCAUUUUUUGUAUUAUUAGGUUCACACUAAAAGUUUCUAUUACUUAAUUAUGAUAAGGUCGAUUGUGAAAAUAUUAGGGACGAAUAAUUUUUAUUCAGAGAACGAACGUAAUGAAUAAGUUGUAACAAACAAGCCAGCGCCUAGCAAUAAACGCAGUUGUAUAACGACCUUUAGAAUUGUAAAAUUGUCUGUAUAGGAAAGAUUAAGGUAUACUACAUUUAAGUGUAAGAAGAAAAUAGUCAACAUACCUCCGUUAAGCACUAAACCUGCUCCAUGACUUAAUAUAAUUAUUACUGAUUAGUAAGACUAGUUAUUCUUCUAUAAAUACCAGAGCGAUUAUUUCUGUACUGUAUAAUGAAAUUUUUUGUACAUAUUAAGAAAUAUAAUAUACUGGAUAUUGAAAAUAA